AUGAUAUUUUAUCCUAAAUUAUUAACUGUGCAUGCAAAGAAAAGAUUUAAAAACAAUUUAAGUUUUAACCCUGAGAAAGAAAAGACUUCGUUAUUUGGUUAUUUAUCUUUUAUUGAUAAUCUUUCAUUUUGUUUAGUUCCUUCUAUUGGUAUAAAUUCGAUUUAUAUAAUAGAAGGUAUUUUAUGUUGCGCGAAAAGUAUCAAAACGAUAGAAUUAUACGAUAUGUCUACAAUUUUGAUGCCUGAUUCUGCAAAAUCUGGAAAGAUAGUUAUAAGUGAAGAGUUGAACAGAGAUAAACAAGCUCAUUAUAAGACGAAGGUCAGUAGUUUGAAAUAUAAGGAAAUGAAAAGUGUGAUAGAAAUUAUUAACAAUAAGAUUUUUUCAAAUGUACAAAUAAGCAAGGAUUCACCAAAUGAAAAGAU